AUGGUCAUUGAAAACCAGAACCGCCAGUACGGCGGGAUGGGCUUCGACAACGUCUAUCAACAUAACAUGCCGCACCACAACCCUCCUCAGUUUACCGACCCUUGGACCGCUGCUCAUACCUCGUCCCAUUCCACCCCGCCUGUGUACGCGACCUCCAUGGGUCUCAACCAUGCCAAAGAGGAAGUGACCCGGCCUUCGCCCAUGUCGAUGCCCUACUCGAGCAUCCCCGUCUCCGCACCGUCCAUGGUCACCGGAAGCAACUACUCGACCACCACCGCGACGAGCUACCCUGGGCCCGAAGUCAUGGGAAUGCAGCACGAUUUGCCACGUACCUCUUUCGAACAAGCUCCCGCUUACACCACGACGUCACCCAUGAGCACUUUCGCACCCGCCAGCUAUGCGCCUUUGAGCUACGCGCCUUCUCUACACCAGGAUCGCCGGAUAUCUCAUGCUGAUGCCCGCGUUGGUCCCUCGCAACCCCCCUCUGCUCCUACAUUCGGUGAUGCGCUUGACGCCAGCCGCGGAAUGGUCGCUCUCAGCCAGGAUUUGACGCCCCGUAACAUCUAUGGUCCUCGUGGCUCCCGGGGAUCUGGCGAUUCUUAUGGCUUCCCUUCCACCCACUCUUCCGGAUCCUCGAUCUCCUCGGGAGGAAACUAUCCUUACUACAGCGCUUCUGUCGCAUCGGUUGAGUCGUCUGUCACCGACUACAGCUCGACGACGUCGGAAUCUUACGAGAAUGGACACCUGUCGCGCACUCUCCCUCGCCCGUCGAACCUUCUGUCUGGCAGCGCUCCCCCGGGACCCCAGUCAAUGAUGAGCCAAUUCAGCUCGAAAAUGCCAUCCAACACUCAGAAGAAGCACAAGUGCAAGGUGUGCGACAAGCGUUUCACUCGGCCUUCGUCUCUGCAGACCCAUAUGUACAGCCACACCGGCGAAAAGCCAUUCGCAUGUGAUGUGGACGGGUGCGGCCGACACUUCUCAGUUGUCUCCAACCUUCGACGACACAAGAAGGUCCACAAGGGCGAAAAGGAUGUGUCUGGCGAAGAUGACGAGUAA